AAGAGGGUCAGUGUGGAGGCGGGAGCCCGGGCGGCCGGCUUGAACUCCGUGCACGCGGGCCUGGAGCUGCGCCCCUGCGUCUUUUCCCGACUUCUGAUCCGCAGAGGGGCACUCGGAGCCCCAGCCUGGGUCGCAGUGCCUUCGAUCUGCGGGCCUCAGUUUCUCGGUGGCGCCUGGACUCUCGCCCUCAGAGGGAGGCCCGUCCCACGGUUUCUGGCUACGGAUCCCAGUACCCUCUUCGCGGGCGAUUCGCGUAGCCUCAGGCCGGGCGCGGUGGCUCACGCCUGUAAUCCCAGCACUUUGGGAGGCCGAGGCGGGUGGAUCACGAGGUCAGGAGAUCAAGACCAUCCUGUCUAACACGGCAUAAACCAGGUCAUUGAUUUGGAGACCUUUCUUCUUGUCGAUGUAACUGCAUCCUGCCCAGCAUGGCGGCCCCCUGCCCGCCGCCACCUCCAGACCCCCAGUUUGUCCUCCGAGGCACCCAGUCACCGGUGCAUGCGCUGCACUUCUGCAAAGGAGCCCAGGCUCAGGGGCGCCCGCUCCUCUUCUCAGGGUCUCAGAGCGGCCUGGUACACGUCUGGAGCCUGCAGACGCGGAGAGCGGUCACCACCCUGGAUGGCCACGGCGGCCAGUGUGUGACCUGGCUGCAGACGCUGCCCCAGGGGCACCAGCUCCUCAGUCAGGGCCGGGACCUGAAGCUGUGCCUGUGGGACCUCGCGGAGGGCAGGAGCGCUGUCGUGGACUCCGUGUGCUUGGAGAGUGUGGGCUUCUGCCGGAGCAGCAUCCUGGCCGGGGGCCAGCCACGCUGGACGCUUGCCGUGCCAGGGAAGGGCAGUGACGAGGUUCAGAUUCUGGAGAUGCCAUCCAAGACGUCAGUGUGCGCCCUGAAGCCGAAGGCAGAUGCCAAGCUGGGCAUGCCCAUGUGCCUGCGGCUGUGGCAGGCCGACUGCAGCUCCCGCCCACUCCUUCUGGCCGGCUAUGAGGACGGAUCGGUGGUCCUGUGGGAUGUCUCUGAGCAGAAGGUGUGCAGCCGCAUCGCCUGCCAUGAGGAGCCCGUCAUGGACCUUGACUUUGACUCCCAGAAGGCCAGGGGCAUCUCAGGCUCCGCGGGGAAGGCGCUGGCUGUCUGGAGCCUGGACGGGCAGCAGGCCCUGCAGGUGCGUGGGACUCAUGAACUCACCAAUCCCGGGAUCGCCGAGGUCACGAUCCGGCCAGACCGCAAGAUCCUAGCCACCGCGGGCUGGGACCACCGCAUCCGCGUGUUCCACUGGCGGACGAUGCAGCCGCUGGCCGUGCUGGCCUUCCACAGCGCCGCUGUCCAGUGCGUGGCCUUCACCGCCGAUGGCUUGCUGGCCGCGGGCUCCAAGGAUCAGCGGAUCAGCCUCUGGUCACUCUACCCACGCGCAUGACUCACCCACUCCCUUCCCGGGAGACGAGGAGGGCGGGCAGGGAGGUGGGCAUCAGGCCCCAGCCUCGGCCUGAAACCUCAAGGGCCUCUGAGGACCAGCAAGUCAUGGCCCAAGGACCAUGGAGUCCCCGCUGUCUUCACGAGGUUGGUAUUUCCUUUUGUGGAGUGCCUCAUCACAGGACGGUGACUCUGGGGGCCAGCCAGAGCCCUGGCCGUCCGAGGCCUGCAGGAGACGUCGGCUUGGGCCUGCUGUGUUGCCAGCUGAGGGUAUUUUAUAAUAAAUUUCCAUUGCCAAGUUGCA